UAAAGAUAACGCCACUGUCUUUUGUAAGCGGCAUUGUUUAUUUAUAUGAUUAGUAUUAGUUACAGACAUUAUUUACCUGCCGCUGUGGUAUUUUCUCUAAAGUCGUGCAGAGAUGAGAGGAGCAGCUAUGAGUUUAACUGCAGCAGCGAGUGGAUUUCUUGUCUUCCUUCUCUCCGUGCCAGUGAUACAGGCUCAGGGUGACUAUGGAGUGACUUACACCGUGACUCAGAUCUGUGCCUUACAAGGAUCAACAGUGGAAAUACCCUGCAGCUUCAGAUACCCAGCCACGAAAAAUGAUAAAACAAAAUUAUGGUUUGCAAAAAAGAGAAAUAGUAAUCUUACGAAUCUGUUAAAAGUCAAAAGCUACGAGAAUCGCGUGGAGUAUCUUUUUCAUGAAGAUGACAACUGCACGCUGAGAAUCAGAGACCUGAGAAAGAGCGACUCGGCUGAGUACAAGUUCAGGUUCAAAACAAACAAAAAAGAUGGAGCUUUUACUGGUGAACCUGGAGUCACUCUGAAUGUUACAGCACGUCCAGACCUCCAGGUGCUGGUCGGAGGAUCAUCGGCUCAGGCAGAGCUGAAGUGUCGCAGCAGCUGUAACACUUCAUAUGUCUGGUACAAUAAUGAACAGAGAAUGGAUGAAGAAACAUCUUCUUACAGAGUCUCUGUAAACGAUAAUGACCGCUACUCCUGUGCCAUUAAAGGACACGAGGAGCACCGCUCGCCUCCAGUGUGUGAGUGA